AUGUUGAGCCUAGCAAUCAUCUCGCUAUUGACAGUUUAUCUGGCGGUUUCCAAAGCAUUAAUCUUGCCAGAUAUUUACUCGCUACCAAGUACGAGUUCGGAAUUACUGUCUGGUAUCAACAAUAUUGAAGAUAGAAGCCCUUCUAACGAAAACAAAGCUUCUCUCUUGGAAACCAAUACCUUGGACAAUAUCCUUCCAUUCCAUUAUAUCGUAGUCUACAAGCAGUCCACAUCAAAGUCGAAACGUGAAGAACAUGAAUACUGGAUCACCAGAGAACACCAAGAAAUGAUGUCCAACUACAUCCGCAGGGAUGAAAACGAAAUCGCUCCUAAACCAUUAGACUUCUUCGGGAUUGGUGACACCGUCAGAGGAUAUUCCGGAUAUUUCUCCAACUCGCUCCUUCAAGAAAUCCUCAAAAAUCCAGAAAUCGAUUUCGUCGAACAUGAUGCAAAAAUAAACAUCCAAAAAUUUCAAAUCCAAAAUAAUGCAACUUGGGGUCUCGCCCGGAUCUCACAACGACUUAAUUUCAAUAAUGGAUAUUUCUUAUAUGACGACCAAGGAGGGAAAGGAGUGACUGCAUACGUAGUCGACACAGGUAUAGCCACCACCCUUGCGGAAUUUGAAGGCAGAGCAAGCUGGGGUAAAUCAAUUGCUAAUCCCGAAUUGACCACUGAUGUACAUGGUCAUGGAACCCAUGUUGCCGGCAUACUCGGAUCAAAAACAUAUGGAGUUGCAAAGCAAGUCAAACUCGUUGCAGUUGGGGUGAUGAAUUCACACGGUGGGGAAUAUAAUUCAGAUAUAAUCAAAGGAAUCGAAUAUGCCGCAAUUCAACAUAAGAAAGAUAUCCAAUCUAAGAAAAAAGGAUUCAGGGGGUCGGUGGUUAAUAUAUCCAUUGGAGAAGUACUUUCGAACGCAUUAGAUAUGGCGGUGAAUGAAGCCACGGCGGAGGGAUUACAUGUUGCGGUUGCGGCUGGGAAUGCGGGUGAUGAUGCGCGUAAACAUUCACCAGCCAGGGCUAGUUGA